AUGUCGUUGUGGAGCUACUACACCUCCCUCUCGCCAAAGACGCGCCUUAUGGUCGGCGGCGGCAUAAUCGGCUACGCAUGUCUCGGUCUCUUCCUCUCCGACACCGCAGAAGAAAAACUAGGCUACACACCUACUGAACAAGAUAAGAAGCGUUUGAGAGAGGCUUUACCGAGAAUCAGAGUUGUGGAGGAGUAA